UUUCGUGCAUUUUGUGUGGUUAGGUACCGUUCUGGCAAACUUCAAAAGAAAGCUUCUUCUUUCUGAAACGAUAAUCGGGUUUUAUUUGAGCUAACGAAAAUACCCCUAACAUCCUGAUACAAUUACACACAUGCCCCUUUAUAAACCCUAACCCUCUGUAGCGACCCAACUCAACCCAAACCCGGUUUACCAUCUCUGCAAAGCUUCGCCGGAGCAACCCAGUUCCUCUAUCCUCUUCACUUCGCCGCCGGUGAGUCUGUCUCUCUCUUUCUCUUUACUUCAAUUUUUUCAAGCAAAUAAAAAAAUGAGCGAUUCCGAUUCUAAUUCUAAUUCCAAUUCCGAUACCGAAACUCGAAAAAUCCGAAACAUAUGCAUACUGGCACACGUGGAUCACGGCAAGACGACGCUCGCCGACCACUUGAUCGCCGCCUCGGGCGGCGGAGUGCUCAACCCUAAACUCGCCGGCCGCCUUCGUUUCAUGGACUAUUUGGACGAGGAACAGAGGCGCGCCAUCACGAUGAAGAGCUCUUCCAUAGCUCUUCGAUACAAGCACCACUCGAUUAACCUCAUAGACUCGCCCGGACACAUGGACUUCUGCAGCGAAGUUUCCACCGCCGCUCGAUUGAGCGACGGCGCUUUGAUAUUGGUGGACGCCGUGGAGGGCGUGCACAUUCAAACCCACGCUGUUUUGAGACAGUGCUGGAUUGAGAAGCUUUCGCCGUGUUUGGUUCUCAAUAAGAUCGAUAGGUUGAUUUGUGAAUUGAGGUUGAGUCCAUUAGAGGCGUAUACUCGGUUGUUGAGGAUUGUUCAUGAGGUUAAUGGGAUUGUUAGUGGGUAUAAGUCUGAGAAGUAUCUGAGUGAUGUCGAUUCAGUGCUUGCAGGGUCGUUGGGAGAGGCGGGUAGUGGUGGUGGGGACGAGAGUUUUGAGUUUGUAGAGGAUGAUGAGGAGGACACAUUUCAACCCCAGAAAGGGAAUGUGGUUUUUGUGUGUGCAUUAGAUGGGUGGGGUUUUGGGGUUCAUGAGUUUGCUGAAUUUUAUGCUUCGAAGCUUGGGGCCAGUGCUGCUGUAUUGGAGAAGGCAUUGUGGGGUCCUAGGUAUUUUAAUCCCAAGACAAAGAUGAUUACGGGGAAGAAAGGGGUUGGUGGAGGAAGUAAGGCUCGGCCUAUGUUUGUUCAAUUUGUACUUGAGCCGCUUUGGCAGGUUUACCAAGUGGCUUUGGAUGGGGAGGGGGAUAAAGGGGUACUUGAGAAAGUGAUCAAGUCGUUUAAUCUGUCUGUGCCCGCUCGCGAGUUACAGAAUAAGGACCCGAAAGUUGUGCUUCAAUCUGUUAUGAGCCGUUGGCUUCCUUUAUCGGAGGCAAUACUGUCGAUGGUGGUUAAGUGUAUGCCGGACCCUAUUGCAGCACAAUCGUUUCGUGUCUCACGUUUGCUUCCAAAGAGAGAGAUUCUGAACAAUGGGGUUGAUUCCAAUGUUCUUGCAGAGGCAGAACUUGUUAGAAAAUCAGUUGAGGCUUGUGAUACAAGGCCUGAAGCACCGUGUGUUGCUUUUGUUUCCAAGAUGUUUGCCGUGCCAAUGAAAAUGCUUCCACAGAGGGGUUUACAUGGAGAGUUUAUAAACAAUUCAGCUGAAAGUGGAGAGGGUGAGUCAGAUGAGUGUUUCCUUGCAUUUGCUAGGAUUUUUAGUGGGGUUCUUUGUUCAGGACAGAGGGUUUUUGUGCUUUCAGCUUUAUAUGAUCCGCUAAAAGGGGAAUCAAUGCAGAAACAUGUGCAGGUGGCUGAGUUGCAAUCCUUGUAUCUAAUGAUGGGUCAAGGCUUAAACUUGGUGGCUUCUGCAAAGGCAGGAAAUGUUGUGGCAAUUCGAGGCCUUGGUCAGCACAUAUUGAAAAGUGCAACUCUUUCAUCCACAAGGAAUUGCUGGCCUUUCUCGAGUAUGGUAUUUCAGGUUGCCCCAACUCUUAGAGUAGCAAUUGAGCCAUCUGAUCCAGCAGAUAUGGGUGCUCUUUUGAAAGGCUUAAAGCUUCUAAAUCGGGCAGACCCAUUUGUGGAGGUCAGUGUUUCUGCAAGGGGUGAAAAUGUCCUCGCAGCUGCAGGAGAAGUUCAUCUAGAAAGAUGCAAGAAGGAUUUGACAGAGAGAUUUGCCAAGGUAAAGUUGGAAUUCUCUCCGCCCCUUGUGUCCUUUAGAGAGACCAUUGAGGGAGAGGUAUCCUAUAUGCUAGAGAACUUAAAGUCAUUAACUGGGGGUUUGGAUUAUAUUGAAAAGACAACACCUAAUGGGAGAUGUGUAGUUCGGGUACAAGUCAUGAAGCUUCCGCCUACUCUAACCAAGAUGCUUGAUGAUAGUUCUGAUUUACUUGGAGAUAUUAUUGGAGUUAAGUCUGGGCAAACCAAUAAAGGUUUGGACACCCAAAGAUCAAGCAUUUUAGAAGAUGAGAAUCCUAUUGAAGCACUUAAGAAACGGAUAAUGGAUGCUGUGGAGAAAGAUAUUUUGUUAAUGACUGAGACUGACAAAGACCGGGCUGAGAAAUGUAGAGCGAAGUGGCUAAAGCUUCUUAAAAAGAUCUGGGCACUUGGGCCUAGGCAGAUUGGUCCAAAUAUCCUAUUCACCCCGGAUUUCAAAAGAAAGGGUGUUGACUCCUUUGUUCUUAUUCGUGGUUCCUCUCAUGUAUCUCAGAGAUUAGGUUUUGUGGAUGAUUCUAUUGAUGGUGACAAAGCUGCUGAGACAUCUUCAGAAGUAACUCAAGCAUUAUCCAUGGAAGCCGAGCAUCUUGAAAGUAGUGUUGUAACUGGGUUUCAACUUGCUACUGCAGCUGGACCCUUAUGUGAUGAACCUAUGUGGGGUUUGGCAUUUGUUGUUGAGGCUUAUAUUUCUCCAUUUAUUGGGCAGGCUAAUGAGUCUGAAACUUCCCACCAACAACAAGCUGAGCAGUAUGGCAUCUUCACAGGACAGGUUAUCACAGCUGUCAAAGAUGCUUGUAGGGCGAUUGUGCUUCAGAAGAAGUCGAGACUUGUGGAAGCCAUGUACUUCUGUGAGCUGAACACCCCUCCUGAAUAUUUGGGUCCCAUGUAUGCUGUCCUUGGUAGAAGGCGCGCCCGAGUGAGCAAGGAAAUAAUGCAGGAAGGUUCCCCAUUGUUCACCGUGCAUGCAUAUGUGCCGGUUUCUGAAAGUAUUGGUUUUGCAGAUGAGCUUAGAAGGUGGACUUCUGGAGCUGCUAGUGUUCUUCUUGUACUAAGCCACUGGGAAGAACUUCCUCAAGAUCCUUUCUUUGUACCCAAAACAGAGGAGGAAAUUGAAGAGUUUGGAGACGGUUCUAGUGUGCCUCCAAAUACAGCUAGGAAACUCAUCGAUAGUGUAAGACGACGGAAAGGCCUUCCUGUGGAGGAAAAAGUAGUCCAGCAUGCAACAAAGCAGAGGACCUUAGCUCGUAAAGUAUAGACGUUUUUUAUUUUGUUGUGCCAUUAGCUAUUACGAAAGGCAAUAGAUUUCAUCAUUGAUUAUGAAAAGAAAGUUUAAACUCUUUUUUUUGUAACUAGCAAUGAAGAGAUAUUUAAGGUAAUAUCUUACUAUUGAUUAUGGGAAAAAAGUUCAUUCUGUAUAACCAAGAUCAACUUUCACUUCAGCAUGAUUCUUUUUAAAGUUA